AUGCGUAUCCAACCUCUAAAGCGAGCGCCUGGAGCUGCGGUAGAUUUUGGCGUGGAAAUAGACGAUGUAGACUUAGAAAACAUUACAGACGAGGAGUUCGCCAUUAUCCAAAUUACCCUGUACCACAAACAUGUUGUGCUGUUCAAGGACCAGCAAAAUAUUUCUCCUCAGGCGCAGUACGAAUUCACUAAACGUUUCGACCCAGCUACAGACCAAUAUGGUCAUGGAAAGGAAUCUCGCAACCAGAUAAAGCGCCAGCUCCUGGGCGUGCCGGGCCAACCUCAGGUUAUGGUGAAAGGCAAUGGUUUUCUUGAGUCGUAUCAAGGUCUCGAGAAUGUAACCCUACAUCACCCCAAUCACCGUAGAUUUCAUCGUGAUCCUCUCCCUGAGGAGAAGGAUCAUCUGUUUACGCGAUUCUUCCGCUGGCAUAUUGAUGCCGCUCUAUAUGACCUCUACCCGCCCAAGGUAACAACCCUAAUGGCUGUACGGGUGCCCAAGGGCCCUCGACAGAUGAUCUCGUAUGACGAUGGCUCGGGAGACACCCUCGAUGCAUCGCUGGCUCCGACGGCAUUUGUUAGCGGCCAGAAGAUGUUCGAGAUGCUUUCUCCCGAGGAGCAGGAAUUUGCUAAAACAAGUAAAGUGGAAUAUGCACCGCAUCCAUACCUCUGGAUGUCCAAGGCCCGAGCCUUCCCCACUGGUCUGGGCCUGUACAGUGAAGGUCGUGAAAUUCCUGACUCCGACCUGCCUUCCAUCGACCCAUCCAAAAUCCAGAUCUUGCCCAUGGUUUGGAAGAACCCUGUAACUGGCAAACUCUCGCUCCAAGUCCAUCCAUCUUGCGUGCGGAAGAUCCAUCUCGCCGAUGGCAGUGUGAUUAAUGAUCUGGCGCGCGUUCGAGACAUUAUCUACAAGUUACAACGUCCGGCUAUUAGUCCGCAAUAUGUCUAUGCACAUGACUGGUCUGAAGGAGAUAUGAUACUGUUCAACAAUCAUGGAGUUCUCCAUACUGUUGUGGGUACCUUACAGCCUAAUAUGCUCCGGGUGUUCCGACAGUGCAACCUGGCGGCGUCAGAACCUCCAGCAGGGCCGUAG